GGUGUUUGAGCGAACUCCAUCUUAUUGUAUUCGGACAUCUCAAUUCGGAUGUUAGUAGGAAUGCGUGAAGACCAAAUUUCUACAAGAACGAUGUCAGACAAAUUGCAUACAGGACAAAAUAGAACAAGUCUAUUUCCAUCAGCUGUUUUAGCAGGAGUUUCUUCAAAGAAUGAAAGCGGACAAGAAAACGUGCCUGACUGGCUGGUGAACAAAAGUUUUACCAAGACGACUGAAGAAAAACUUGUUGAGUUUCAAAAUGAAUUGAAAAAGCUGCAAGGCCAUGAUAGAGAAGAAGCUGAACCAGUGUCACUCUUCAACAGCUCCAAAGUAUCAGAACAGGUGAAACUUUCUAGAACACACUACUUAUCCUACCCUGGACAGCAUUUAAAACAGACUGAAGACCUUUCGAAGCAUUUGCAUGGAAAUAGGCAACAUGAUAGAGCUAAUGACAGUCAAACAUCACCAGGAAGAAAACGUACAUUUUCUGACAAGUCUAGUACUUCAAGUGACUCUGAGGAACGGUAUAGCAGAACAGAGCGUAAAAAGAAGAAAAAGAAAUCCUAUCACUCCAGGGACAGUGACUAUGAGAGAGGAAGUAAGGCUGAUAAACACAAGCGAAAGAAGAAGCACAAGAAACACAAGGCUGUAAGGAAAGUCUCAAAAUCACCAUCUACUGAAAGAACAGUGCCGGGACUACUUCCCAGCAAGCACAUAUUUCUGGAUGAUGUUGAAGACAUUGCACCUGAGCACCCUUUCAAGCUGGAACGGGUACCGGACAUGAAUAGCCUGGCUUAUGGUUCCCUCUACAGUGGCCAUUUGGCCAGCUACAGGGCAAAGUGCCAGCAGUGCCUAGGGUCAUCCGGGAGCAGCGUGGUUUGGAUUAAAAGUGUGGAUCUAAAGAAACGUAAAGGCCAGUCCAGCAGAUACUAUGACAAGGAAAACAGGAAACUUUUAAGAGGAAAGGCUCAACAAAGUAUUGUUAAUUUCGAUAAAAAUGUAAAUAGUGAAAUUCCUGGUGCUUACAUUUCAGUAGAUUUCAGUCCUUGUGUAGGAACAGAUGUGAAAACUGCAAUGGAGGGUUGUGGUAAUAUAAGGGAGACUAUCCUUGAUAAGUCGACAAGUUUAUAUGUUCAGGGCUUGGGGAAGAAGGUUGAAGAGACAAUGGAAGAGACUGAAAUAGAACUGGAUGAAAUGAGAAUGAAGGUUGGAGAGUUCAACAGAAAGCUAAGAGCUGAGCCAAAAAAUGUGAAGCUUUGGUUGGAAUUUGUUCAGUUUCAAAAUGAGAUUGCCUAUGAGACUGUUAGAUCGCAAGAUGCUGGUUGUGAUAAAAAGGUAACUGAGAGAGGCAUGUUGGAGAAAAAGUUAAGCAUUAUUGAGAAAGCCCUGGAACAUAAUCCUGGCCAUAUUGAUUUGCUGUUGGCUAGAAUAGAGCUGAAUGCAGAGAUCCAAGAUUCAGUGAAAAUUAACAAGGAAAUAGAACAGUUAUUGUUUGUCCACCCAGCAAACAAGGGGUUGUGGAAGUAUUACCUUGAGUUCAACCAGUCGAGGUUGACCCUGUUCUCAGUGAGCAAGCAGUGUAGACUGUAUCACAAGUGCCUUAAGGCAAUGCUGGGGAUACACUCGGGCGUGGUUCAGACACACAGUGUGCCUGCUAAUCUUGGAGAAGACAUAACUGAAAUCUUCCUGCAAUAUUGUUAUUUCCUCAAACAAGUUGGUUUCAAGGAGAGAGCCGUUGCCUCGUUUCAAGCUCUGAUGGAGUUCAACUUUUUCUGUCCUCCUUCUUUGAAGAGUGUUGCUUUGGAAACCAAGAUCUCUGCCUUUGAAGUGUUCUGGGAGAAUGACUCAGCUAAACUUGGAACAAAAUGCGCUUCAGGCUGGAAAAAUAAUCUCAGGGAAGGUCAACAAAAUGCAGAUGGUGAACCAGCAAACAGCUUUUUUGAAGAAAAAGAAGAAGAAAUAAUUGGAAGGAAUAACCCAAAAUAUAAAACGUGGCUGGAAAUUGAGUUGCUCAGAGAAGAGCACCACUGGUUACCAUGGAAACCAAACACUUCCCAGGGUGAAACAGAAGACAGUUGUGACGAUCCUGAACGCAUGGUGGUCUUUGAUGACAUAAGACCCAUCUUAUUUGAAGUGCCUGAAAAGCACCAUUAUCAUUUAGUUCUUGCUUUCAUAGAGUUUCUUGGCUAUAGGUCACAUGAUUGUGGGCCGUCCAUUUUUGCAAAAAGUGUGGAGGCAUUGCAUGAUAAAUCUGGUUUGAAAGUUUCAAUAGGAAAAAUUUGCAAGGUACAAAGCCUUAAUGAUGAUAAUAGUGACACACUUUAUAUUGUGAAUACUUUUGCUGUGACACUUCUAAGGCAGCUGAUUCCCUGUUUCAGUAAUCACAUAGGCACCAGUCUUACACUUUUGGCUUUACAGAUAGAAUUGAGUCGCUUUAGAACUAACAACCUCACCAAAAAUGAUAAAAAAGAAAUACGAAAAAUUAUGAAAAAUGCUUUGAAAGAAGACAGAAACCGGAAUAAUUUAGAAGUGUGGUCCAUGUAUGUAAAUCUGGAAAGGAUGAUAGGAAAAACAGGGGAAGCUGGUGGUAUUGUGGAGACUGCACUAAGUAUGUACAGUGGAAAAAGCAUUGAGCAAGUGAAUAGUGAAAGUUACGGGCUGAUCGCGUUAUGUACUACAUACUGUGAAAUCCUUUUGGGCAUUGACCUCUGUGACCCUACAAGCCUUCUGGCCAGGCAGCCUGGUAUUUCCAUGGCAAUCAAGAAGAAAGUCAUGGGGUUGCUAUGCAACCUAAUGGAGGGCAAGAAAUUCUCACCCAGUGACGAAAAUGUUAUUAACCCAGCAUCAGUGUUGAAAACUACCUCAAAAUUUGUUAAAUCUAUUGACAGUGCAGCUCAGAUGUUUUCUCAGACAUCAGACGAAUGCUGUAAACAAACUGUUCUCCAGCUUACUUGGUGCUAUGCAGUGUUCUGCCUCAGCAGAACUGACCUGAAGUCAUGCCUUGAUGCAAUAGAAUCUGCAAGUGAGAACAUCAGUUCAUACACUAAUGAUAAGACAUUCAGGAAAGUAUUUUAUACAUUUCAACUGAAACUCAUUGUUUACUACAUGUCAGUUGCUUCCACCCCACUGUCAACACUACGGGUUUAUUUGGACAGAGCUUUGACAGAUUUUCCAGAGGAGGCAGUGUUCUUGUCCUUGUUUCUUGAUGUUGAACGGAAGUCAAAAAUUAGCGGUAGAAUGAAUCGGUACUUUGACAGGUUGUGCAGAAGCUUAGUUUCACCUGUACCGUUACUGAUUGCAGUUCAACAUCUAUGUGACGUCUUGGAAAAAAGGAACACUGAGGCAGAUGACACUGUCAGUCCUGGACUGGUUCAUCGUGCCAGGAACUGGCUGGAACUGGGCCUCUCACAAACCAGUCUACAGCACUCCCCACGGAUAUGGAGGCUCUACUUGACACUAGAGAACAUGGUAGCAAGUGGAAGACAAAAAGGUAUCUUCUACCGUGCAGUGCAACAAUGUCCUUGGGUCAAGAGCAUCUAUCUGGACGGUGUGAAGUACCUUGGAGACAGUGAGCUGCAGGAAAUAGUAGAUCUCAUGACAGAGAAGGAAAUCAGAGUUCAAAUCCCCGUGGAAGAACUUGACAUUCUCAUCUCUCCAUAGACACAAUUUGGCUGAAUUAGGGCUCUUUGUCUGUCUCCACUGAAGAACAUAUGUGUCGCGUUCUGAGAAAACUGGGCUUAAUGCAUGUGCGUAAAGUGUCCUCCCAGAUUAGCCUGUGCAGUACGCACAGGCUAAUCAGGGACGACACUUUCCGCUUAAACUAGAUUUUCGGUAAAAAGGGACUUCCUUUAAACGAAAAUUACCAUUGAAGCGUAAAGUGUCAUCCCUGAUUAGCCUGUGCGGACUGCACAGGCUAAUCUGGGACGACACUUUACGCACAUGCAUUAUGCCCAGUUUUCACAGAACAAGACACAUAUUGUGGAUUUGUCCAUGUCCAAACAUCUGUUGUCAAGGCAUCAGUGCCUCUGUCACAUGUGUACUAUGUACUUUCCAAUGCAGGGCGAUUGCACUGUAACCAUUGUUAACCCUUUGCAUGCUGGAAAAAUUUUCGUCUGCUAAAAUGUCGUCUGCUGAAUUUCUAAAAUAAGCAUUUUCUUCGAUUUUUUUCAAAGAAUACUAUCAGAAUAUCAAACAGUUUGGAUCCUGAUGAGACGCCACCUUCUGUGGCGUCUCAACUGGAUCCAAACUGUUUGCAAAGGCCUUCAAAAUUUGGUUCCCGCACUGAAAGGGUUAAAAUUGCUCCCUAAAUGGGGUUUUUAGAAUGUACUUUACUUACAAAUGUAAUGGAUUUAUUGGCAUGAAAUUGAAUGUGUGAAAUAAGUGAAAUGUUGUGGGCAUUAUUUAUUAAUUCAAUAAUUACAAAUCAAAAUUUAGUGAUAUGUACAUAUAUACAUGUAAUAAAUAAUUGAUUUAAGA